GCAUCGUAAGUCUGAAGACCAGAAGAAACCUGAUGACAUUUCAGAAGAAGUUCUCCGGCAUCAAAAGCUAUGCCUCGCAAUCGAUAUGGACAAGCGCAUAAUCUACGGAUUUACAGAGCUCCAGAUUGUUGUACCAGAUAAUGGGAUUAUUGGGCUACAUGCUGACAAUCUGGUUAUUCACAAUGUUUUGGUAGAUGGAGAACCGGCCAGGUUUCAAAUGUACCCACAUUAUGAUGAGUUGCAAGAUAAAAAUAGGCAGUGCUUUGUCUCCUCAGCUAGUUUUGCUGCACAGGCCGCAGGAUCAGUAUAUAUAUCAACACUUGAAUAUGAAUGUGUUCCCAAUUUGCUUGUCAUGUGUUCCAGAAAUGAGAAAUCAUCAAGUGAAGAGAAAGGACAAAAACAGUAUGAGAAUGAGCUGCAACCAUUGAAUGAAUCCAAGCAGAAUGUGAAACUUGUUCAUAUUGACUAUUCAGUGGAGACGGCUGAAACAGGAAUCCAUUUUGAGAACAAUGUUCUACACACUGAUAAUCAGUUAAGGCGGUCAGGCUGCUGGUUCCCUUGUAUGGAUGACAGUACGCAACGUUGCUGUUAUGAUAUGGAGUUCACAGUUGCUAGCAAUCUUGUUGCUAUCAGCACAGGAAACCUAUUAUUUAAGGUUCUAAGCAAUGAUGAUCCUCCACGUACAACCUAUGUAUAUAGGCUCAAUGUUCCAGUCACUGCUAGUUGGAUAUCAUUGGCAGUUGCAUCAUUUGCAAUCUUUGCUGAUCAUGACAAUCUGUCUCAUUUUUGUAUGCCUUGCAAUCUGCCAAAGUUGCAAAAUACUGUUGAAUUUUUCCAUAGUGCAUUUAGUCACUAUGAAGAGUACCUUAAAACAUCUUUUCCUUUGGGGUCCUACACACAAGUUUUCAUUCCUACUGAGAUGGCAAUAUCCUCCAUGAGUUUGGGAGCUUCAAUGACCAUAUUCAGUUCUCAUCUUUUGUUUGAUGACAAGGUUAUUGAUCAGGUGAUAGAGACAAGAAUCAAACUUGCAUAUGCCUUGGCAAGACAGUGGUUUGGUGUGUAUAUCACUGCUGAGUCAUCAAAUGAUGAGUGGUUAUUGGAUGGUCUUGCUUGGUUCCUCACUAAUUCAUUUGUUAAAAAAUUUCUUGGCCAUAAUGAAGCACGUUACCGGCGUUACAAGGAAAACUAUGCUGUCUGCAAAGUUGAUGAUAGUGGGGCAACUAUUUUAAGCUCUUCUGCUGCUUAUCAGAAUUUGCAUGGAACCCAAUGCAUUGGUCUUUAUGGAAAAAUAAGAUCAUGGAAAUCUGUGGCAGUCCUUAAAAUGCUAGAGAAGCAAAUGGGUCCUGAGUCCUUUCGUAAAAUUUUGCAAACAAUUGUCUUGCCAUCACCAGAGACUAACCAUUCUUUGCGGACUUUAAGUACAAACGAGUUCCGCCAUUUUGCCAAGAAGUUUGGCAAUUUGGAUCGUUCAUUUCUUAAGGACUUCUUUAAUAGCUGGGUGGGAUGUUGUGGGUGUCCAGAGCUUAGGAUGGGAUAUUCCUAUCGCAAAAGGAAUAUCAUGAUUAAAUUAGCUACAUUGCGUGGCUGUACAGCUCCACCAGAGAGCAGAGAAAGCAAUAUAGAAUGGCCUGGAAUGAUGAGCAUAAGGGUUCAUGACAUAGAUGGCAUGUAUUAUGAUCAUCCUAUUUUACCAAUGUAUGGAGAUACAUUGGAGCUCUUCGAAAUAAAAUGUCAUUCAACAAAAAAUAGUUUAAAAUCUGUUGGAUAUGACGAUGGAGGUGUUGCCCUACCAGGCUUACAUAAGGGAUCUGAUGUGGUUUCCCAAUUUUUUUGGCUUAGAGCAGAUCCAGAAAUGGAGUAUCUUGCUGAAAUUCACUUCUACCAACCUGUGCAAAUGUGGUUAAAUCAACUGAGUAAGGAUAAAGAUGUAGUUGCUGAGGCACAGGCAAUCGCUGUCUUGGAGACACUGCCGCUCUCAUUUUCUGUUGUGAAUGCUUUGAGUAUUUUUCUCAAUGAUUCAGAGGCCUUUUGGAGAGUCCGCAUCGAGGCAGCAGUUGCAUUGGCUAAUACGACAAUAAAGGAUACUGAUUUGGCUGGAUUAAUUCAUCUUAUUGAAUUCUACAAGAGUAGACGAUUUGAUGCUUAUAUUAGACUUCCAAAGCCAAAUGACUUCAGUGAUUUUGCGGAGCAUUUUGUACUUGAGGCCAUUCCAAAUGCCAUUGCCAUGGUUAGAGCAGCAGAUAAGAAAAGCCCACCAGAGGCUGUGAAGUUCAUUUUAAAACUUUUGAAGUAUAAUGAUAACACUGGAAAUCCAUUCUCUGAUGUGUUUUGGAUUGCUGCAUUGGUGCAGUCAAUGGGUGAACUUGAAUUUGGGAAACAGAAUAUUUUCUUAUUGCCAUCAGUUCUUAAGCGGAUUGACCACAUUAUCCAACUAGACAGGUUUAAUCCUAGCCAUAAUGCAAUCCUGACAACCAGCUGCAUCAGAACAUUAACUCAAGUUGCUAUGAAGCUUUCUCAAUACAUAAAUAUAGAUCAAGUGACUGAACUGAUUAAUCCAUUUCGGGACUUGAAGGGAAGAUGGUUUGUUCGGAUUGUGGCAAGCAAAGCUAUGCUUGACCUUCAAUUCCACUAUAACGGAAUUGAUGCUGCACUACAGUUAUUCAUGAAAUUCAUAAAAGAAGAACCAACCUUUAGAGGGCAAAAGAAGUUGAGUGUUCAUAUGAGUCUGCUAUGUCAGAUAAGAGGUGGUGGAUCUCAUGAUCCUGUUGAUGAUGUAAAGGCUGGAACCUUAAAUGCCUUGAUUCAUCUGCUUCAAACUCGCAUGUCUUUCAACAAUAUGUUUCUUCGACACUACAUUUUCUGCAUUCUUCAAAUUCUCGCAGGAAGGGCGCCAACACUUUUUGGAGUUUCGAGAGAUGGAAUAAGAUGUCAUACAGAGAUUCUAAGAGAAUUGAAGAGCAUUUUUGCAGAAUAUUAUCAGGAAAAUAAAUCAUUGGUCAUCCAGAAUUUAUCCAUUCAGGAGCAAAAUUCACCAUUACAAGAUGACACGGUUUCAACAGUCAGGACAGAAAGUCACCAAAAGAUGAAGAUUAAGUUCAAAUCCAGUAAUGGCAAUGUUUCUGAUAAUGGUGUGACGAAGUUGAAAUUCAAAAGUCUUAGUGCUCUCUAUGCCCCCCAAAUUGAGCGCAAUAAAGAGCAGAAGAAUGAAAACAGAGGAAGUGGAGAAGAGAAAGAUUCUGAUUACAAUGUAGAAAGGAAGCGAAUGAAGAUUGAAAGGCAAGAAGUUGAGUUAACUGAAAGCAGAAUGUUGGCAUCUUCUUCAGACCAAAAAGAGAAACAGGAGACGACGAAAGAGGUUACUCCUCCGACGACGUCGGAAACAAGACCACCCGAUGCUGCGGUGACUGGUUCAUAUCGCAAAAUUCGGUUUAUACUUAAAGAGAGAUAAGGCUUAAUUUGUUCAUGUCUUUUUUGCUUCAGAUUCUUGUACAUAUAUUUUUUUCUUGAACAUUUUAGAAAUGUGACAGAGGAACUAACUAACUAACUGCUUGUAUACAUGAGCCUCCUAUAGCUAUUGUCAUUCUUACUUCA